GUUGUGCCCAGGUCCAGUUAGUUCCUGUGCGCUGCUUGUUUCACACCAUUGUGCCUGAGGAGUGCAGGUGCUGCUGCUCUGCAAACAGCCAUGGCUCUUGGAUGCCUUUUAUGGGUUUCAUGGAUUUGUUGUUUGCUGUUUGAUGGCACUGGCGCUGGUUUACACACUAAAAAAGGGUUUCGAUAUCCUUACAACACUGACACUCGUAACCUUGGCAAUGAUGGGCAGGAUGAAGAGGUGAGUUCUCUAUCAUUCGAUGACUGGCAAGGUUCAAAUGGCCAACCAGGGGCUUAUCCAAGCCAAACCAAGCACUCACCUGCACAGCGGCCAGCCGUGGUCCCGACUCAACGUACAAUGCUUAAUGCUCCUAAAGUAGAGGGACUUGUUCAUGGUCAGUCAAGAGACUGGGGUUUGGAAAACCUUAACAAGCCACUCACCUUUCCUUUAAAACCCAAAUAUCAGCCUCAGUCAUUUAAUGUUGCUGCUCCUUCAAAUGACAUGAAUGCCUCCCCAAGUGGCAGUGGUGCAGAUCAAAAUGAACCAUAUGCUGAGCCUGACCCUUAUCAGGCUAUAAAGCCUCCAGGUUUUCACUGGCAGUCGGAACCAGUACCCAGUGGUCCUGCUGAGGCUAGUUCACCAAGACAAGACUCUAACACUGGUACAUAUGGAGGUGAAAUUCCCAAUCUGAUCUAUGAGGAACUCUUUGACUAUCCCCCUGAAAAUGCAGCACAAUCUCAAAGUUCUAGCAGCACUUCUGAAACUGCAGGAGGGAACGACCAAUCUCCCUAUGUGAGUCAAGGGUCUUCAACGGAUUAUUCCUCAGAGCCUGCGGUCCCAAGUUACCCCAAUCUCCCUUCACCUGGAAGGCGACGCUCAAACUCUGGAAGAAAGAACCUCAACUCUAGGCAAGUGGUUUACCAACCACAAAAAUGGAGACGUCCACAACAACCUGCCAAGAAAGUGGUUUCCCAAAGUGUGAGUGAGCCAAUCCUUCCACCUCCUCCUCUGCCACCACCUCCAAGGUACAUCAUCCAGUACAGAGAUGGCUACCAGAGAUACAGGCAGCUCCUCAGCAAGUUAAAAUACUCUACUGAAUUUGACCCCAUCAUGCCUGUCGGGGACUGGAGUGUAAGGGCUGCUCCUAAGGAAUGAUGGCAACCCAUGGAAUAAACUUGUUUUUUAAAUUUGAACAA